UAACAUCUAUAAAUGGGGGGAAACGCCCCAGCGGAGUGGGCGUGGCCACGUGAGCGGAUGUUGGAAGCCUCGCGCUAAUUGUCGUGGUGUUGUUUCCCGUUGAAGUGAAGUUCGGUCAUGUCGGAUUGGGAGGAUGAGUACGACGAGAAUGGUGGCGCCAUCUCGAAACCUUCGCGUGUUUAUACAGCUCCGUGUACACAGUGGAAAGCUACCUCAAAUAUCAGUAAAGGAAAUGUUUGUUUUGGUGUGAAACGUGGCGGGAAAGUGGACCGAGAAGGUCCCCAAUGGCGGGACCGGAGAGGGCGUGACAGAGAAGUGAACCUGUCCGCUCGCGGAAACUUCAACAACGGCAGAGAAACGCGCCGUGACAGGGCAGCUUCAACCCGACCUCUCACCCUGACCGUGGAAAACUCUUUAGUCGGGAGAAUUAUAGGUCGAGGUGGAGCAAAAAUCCGUGAACUGGAGGAAUCUAGUGGAGCGAGAAUUAAGAUUAAUCGUGGGGAUUAUGAGGGAGAGGUGCUGAUCUUCGGUAGCAGGGAUGUCCAGCAGAAAGCCAACGAUCUGAUCAAGGAGCUGAUAGGAACGGGUGCAGCCAAUGGGCCUGGAUUUCACUAUGGAAGUAAGAGUUCAGGCUCGGGGAGUGACACUUACUGGUCAGCAUCUGCACAGCAGUCUUCAGCUGCUUCCCCUUCUGUGCCUAUAGAUUGGAGCGCCAUACGAGAGAACAGGGAGAAAUAUGAGACUUUGAAAUGGCAAGAUCUCCCACCUCUGAAGAAGAAUUUCUACUUUGAGGCAGACUCCGUGGCCAAACGCAGUGUGGAGGAGAUCAGAGACUGGAGAAAGGAAAACAACAGUAUCUUUGUGGAUGAUCUGAAAGAAGAAGGGAAACGAGCAAUCCCUAAUCCUGUGUACACUUUCGAGGAGGCUUUUGUUUGCUAUCCUGGAAUAAUGGAGAACAUAGUCAGAGUGGGGUUUCAAAAGCCGACUCCCAUACAGUCUCAGGCUUGGCCUAUAGUUCUGAGUGGCCUGGAUUUGAUUGGUAUUGCUCAGACUGGCACUGGGAAGACCCUCUCCUAUCUUCUUCCUGGAUUCAUUCACAUGGACCAGCAGCCUGUGCCCAGAGACAAGCGAGAUGGUCCUGGAAUGCUGGUUUUGACUCCCACUCGUGAAUUGGCGCUCCAGAUAGAAGCAGAGUGCAGCAAGUACAGUUACAAAGGCUUUAAAAGUAUCUGUGUUUAUGGAGGAGGUGACAGACGGGCCCAAAUAAAGAUGGUUACCAGCGGUGUUGAUAUAGUGAUCGCCACACCAGGACGACUGAAUGAUUUGCAAAUGAAUGAGCUAAUAAACCUGCGUUCCAUCACCUACUUGGUAUUGGAUGAGGCAGAUCGAAUGUUGGACAUGGGCUUUGAGCCUCAAAUCAUGAAAAUCAUCCUGGACAUUCGGCCUGACCGACAAACAGUUAUGACCAGUGCCACGUGGCCAACAGGGGUGAGACGUUUGGCCAAGUCCUACCUGAAAGACCCCAUGAUGGUGUAUGUGGGCACCCUAGACCUAGCAGCUGUGGACACAGUGCAGCAGACAGUUUUGGUUGUGCAAGAGGAAGAGAAGAAGGCAUAUAUCUUUGACUUUAUCCACAAUAUGGAGCCUGAGGAUAAAGUGUUAAUAUUUGUUGGGAAAAAAAUUGUUGCAGAUGACCUGUCCAGUGAUCUGUGUCUGCGGGGGAUAGCAGUUCAGUCCCUGCAUGGAGACAGAGAGCAGGGUGACCGUGAAGAAGCCUUACAAGACUUUAAGGAUGGACGUGUGCGAAUUCUGGUGGCCACUGAUCUGGCCUCUAGGGGACUAGAUGUCCAUGAUAUCUCACAUGUCUACAACUUUGACUUCCCCCGGAACAUUGAGGAGUAUGUGCACAGAGUUGGGCGAACGGGUCGUGCAGGGCGGUUUGGGGUUUCUGUAACCCUGGUCACGAGAGCAGAUUGGAAGAUGGCAUGUGAACUUAUACACAUUUUGGAAAGAGCUGGACAGGAUGUACCAGAGGAGCUGGUACUGAUGGCAGAGCGCUAUGACAAACACCAGAAGGAGAAAGAGAUGUUUCCUGAUAAACUCAGAGGAGGACGGGCUCAAAGAGGAGCGAGAGAUGGGUUCAGAGGAGGCUCGAAUAGACGCUUCUGAAGGAAGAAACACCUUGAAAACUCAACAAUAAAUGGGUGUAUGAAAAUGUUCCUAAAAGAAAGAAGAGUCCUGUCAAGUUCAUCUGUCACCAGCCUCAAGUUUUUGUUCCAAAUUUUUCACAAGGAAUUUGUGGAACCUGUUGAAUUAAUUUAACAGGAACAUUGUUUUCAGUUUGUUGUUUAUAUUUCCACAUAACAUAUGUUCCACAGGAACAUAUAUAUGCCAGAAACUGGCAUAUAUAAAAAAUUUUUUUUUCUGGUUUAAAUGACAUUCAAAUAAAAAUUUCUGAAGAACUUGAUCUUUGUAGGUUGGGUUAAUUUUUUGUUUUUUGUUGGGUUUUUUUGGCAAAUAAACAAUAUGCAUCAGGUCUAGAUAUCACACACCAGCUUGGUUUUUGAAAAGAUACUGAGGGUCUUGAGUAGACUUGUGCUAAAAGUGUCUUAAGUCAGCGUACAUACCCAUAGGACAAAAUAAUGACAGGAAUUUCAGGGACUUUGCCUGAGGGCGACAAUUGAGUAUUGUU